AGCUGAAGAGACCUGAGAGGAAGCGUACAGGUCUGUUUAAUCGAGAAGGAGGCCAUUUAAGCGCUCCUAUGGUUUGCAAAAGAAGAUGAAAGAACAUGAUUUGGGAAAUGACAGCCUGGGAUCGCGUCCUGCCUACACGGCCGUUCCUUCCAGAGAUGUCUUACCCGCUAAUGAAGUGGACCACUAUCAGCUCAGCAGCGUCCAGGAUGGUCUGGAGACAGCAGGCCGGGCUGAAGGCGGCUUUUCGCUGGACGGAGGCAACGGCACUCACGCUAAAGAGCUGGAGGAGGAAGGGAGCCGGAGCAAGUACCACCACAGUGUCGGGGUCCUUAAACCAUUUCGCUCCACCAGCAAACAUGAGCACCCAGUGGACAACGCCGGCCUCCUUUCCUUCAUGACAUUCAGCUGGAUGACUCCACUGGCCAGGACUGCUCAUAAGAAUGGCCAGCUCAUGCUGGAGGACGUGUGGCCUGUAUCGCAGUGGGAGAGCUGUGAGACCAACCGCAAACGGCUGGUCAGGCUCUGGGAGAAGGAGCUGAGUGAACAAGGGGACAAUGCCUCCCUCCACCGCGUGGUUUGGCGCUUCUGUCGUACCCGUCUGCUGCUGUCCAUCCUGUGCCUCAUGGUGACCCAGCUCGCCGGCUUCAGCGGCCCAGCGUUUGUGGUCAGGCGCUUGUUGGAGUACACUCAGAAGAGUGAACCCGAUCUGCCCUACGGCCUGCUGCUGGUGCUCGGCCUGCUGAGCACCGAGAUGCUGCGCUCCUGGUCUCUCGCCCUCACCUGGGCGCUCAACUACCGCACGGGCACGCGCCUUCGCGGUGCCAUCCUCACCAUGGCCUUCCAAAAGAUCCUGCGCCUACGCAGCCUGCGUGAAAAGUCCAUCGGAGAGCUGAUGAACAUGUGUUCCAAUGACGGCCAGCGAAUGUUCGAAGCUGCAGCGAUGGGCAGCUUGUUGGCAGGAGGCCCAUUGGUAGCCAUCUUGGGCAUGGCAUACAACCUCUCUGUGCUUGGACCAACGUCUCUUCUAGGCUCUGCUGUGUUCAUCCUCUUCUACCCCACCAUGAUGUUCAGCUCCAGACUGACCGCAUACUUCAGGAGGAAAGGCGUUGCUGUUACUGACCAGCGUGUUCAGAAGAUGAACGAGAUCCUGAACUACAUUAAAUUUGUUAAAAUGUUUGCCUGGGUGAAGGCUUUUUCCCAAGUCUUACGGAGAAUAAGAGAAGAAGAGCGGCAGAUCCUGGAGAAAACUGGAUAUUUUCAGAGCAUAACAGUCGGAGUGGCUCCGAUCGUUGUGGUAAUAGCUAGUGUGGCGACAUUCACCAUUCACAUGCUGCUGGGUUAUGAUCUCACUGCUGCUCAGGCGUUUACUGUAGUGACAGUCUUCAAUGCUAUGACCUUUGCCCUGAAGGUCACUCCCUUCUCAGUUAAGUCACUUUCUGAAGCAUCGGUAGCGAUGGAGAGGUUCAAGAGUGUCCUACUGAUGGCCGAGCUCAACACGACCCGCGGGUGCCCACAGAGUCCCUCAGUGGCUGUGGAAAUGAUCGGCGCAUGUUUGGCCUGGGAGACAGGUGGACACAGUGCUCAGCCUACACCACGUGGCACUCCUUAUGUAGGGCAGAAUCAGAGAGUCAAAAAGCGAUACCGACAAGAGGAGCAGAAGCAUUGUGGGACUGACGAGGAUGAUCACCAUGGACACCUGUUAGGUGACACACCCAUGAGUGGAGAGGAGCCAUCCCUGCCUGUGCCCACCAUAAGCCAACGACUGCAGAGAACCCUGCACUGCAUCGAUCUCACCAUACAGAAGGGUAAGCUGGUGGGUAUCUGUGGUAGUGUUGGCAGUGGAAAGACAUCACUCAUCUCUGCCAUUCUUGGCCAGAUGACUAUUCUGGAGGGCACAGUUGCAGUUGAUGGAGAUUUUGCAUACGUCGCCCAGCAGGCCUGGAUCCUCAAUGCCACGCUUCGUGACAAUAUCUUGUUUGGGAAGAAUUAUGAGGAAGAGAGGUACAAAGCAGUCCUAAGUGCCUGCUGUCUGAGACCAGACAUGGCUUUACUUCCUAAUUCUGACCUGACUGAGAUCGGAGAACGUGGUGCUAAUCUGAGCGGUGGUCAGCGUCAGCGGAUCAGUCUGGCUCGAGCACUUUACAGUAACAGGGACAUCUACAUCCUGGACGACCCCCUCAGUGCCCUGGAUGCCCACGUGGGUAACCACAUCUUUAACCAUGCCAUUAAGAAGCAGCUGCAUGGGAAGACCAUCAUCUUCGUCACUCAUCAGCUGCAGUAUUUGGUGGACUGUGAUGACGUGAUCUUCAUGCGGGAUGGGAGCAUUACUGAGCAGGGCAGUCAUGAGGACCUGAUGAACCUGAAUGGAGAUUAUGCAGCCAUGUUCAACAACCUGCAGCUUGGAGAAACUCCUUUUAUUGAGGUGCCGAGCAAGAAGUCCGGGAGUUCUCUGAAGAAUCGCAGUGAAAGUGGCAAAGCAGCAUCUGUGAAGAAGGAAAAAGCUCCCAGCAAGGACAGUGGUCAGCUGAUGCAGGCUGAAGAACGAGGGAAAGGUUCAGUCCCCCGUGCUGUGUACGGAGUUUAUAUUCAGGCUUUAGGAGGUCUGUCCGUCUUCCUCUUCAUCCUGGCUCUUUUCGUCCUCAACGUGGGCAGUACCGCCUUCAGUAACUGGUGGCUCAGCUAUUGGAUCAAGCAGGGCGGUGGGAACACCACGGUGUUGGUGGGGAACAGCUCGAUGGUGAGCAACAGCAUGCGGGAUAACCCUCUGAUGCAGUACUACGCUGCUGUCUACACCAUGUCCAUGGUCAUCAUGCUCCUACUCAAACUGCUCAGAGGCAUCAUCUUCGUGAAGGGGACUCUCCGCGCCUCCUCCAAGCUACAUGAUGAGCUCCUCCAGAAGAUUCUUCGUAGCCCUAUGAAAUUCUUCGACACCACACCAACAGCACGAAUCCUCAACAGAUUCUCCAAAGAUAUGGAUGAAGUGGACACACGCCUGCCAUUCCACGCAGAAAUGUUCAUUCAGAACGUCAUCCUGGUGCUGUUCUGCCUUGGUGUGAUCGGCAGCGUGUUCCCCUGGUUCCUAGUGGCUGUGGGCCCUCUGGUGCUGCUCUUCACCAUGCUCCACGCCGUUUCCCGGGUCUUCAUCCGCGAGCUCAAACGGCUGGACAACGUCACACAGUCUCCCUUCCUCUCCCACAUCGUCUCCAGUCUCCAGGGUCUGAGCACCGUGCACGCCUACGGCAAAGGAGACGAGUUCCUGCGCAGGUAUCAGGAGCUGCUGGAUCAGAACCAGGCCCCGUUUUACCUGUUCAGCUGUGCAAUGCGCUGGCUGGCUGUACGUCUGGAUGUGAUCAGUGUGGCUCUCAUCAGCAUCACGGCUCUGAUGAUAGUUCUCAUGCAUGGACAGAUCCCUCCUGCAUACGCAGGUCUGGCCAUUUCCUACGCUGUUCAGCUGACCGGUCUAUUCCAGUUUACUGUCCGUCUGGCGUCUGAGACAGAGGCUCGUUUCACCUCGGUCGAGAGAAUCCACCAUUACAUCAAGUCUAUUUCACUUGAGGCCCCAGCACGGGUUAAGAACAAAGCCCCUCCAUCAGACUGGCCUCAGGAGGGAGAGGUGGUGUUUGACAGCGUGGAGAUGAGAUACAGAGACAACCUUCCUCUGGUACUGAAGAAACUGUCCUGCACCAUACGACCCAAGGAGAAGGUGGGAAUUGUGGGACGCACAGGUUCAGGAAAGUCUUCAUUAGGAGUGGUUCUGUUCCGGCUGGUGGAACCCUGUGGUGGCAGCAUUAAGAUUGAUGGUGUUAACAUCUGUGACAUUGGCCUUGGUGAUUUACGCAGCAAGUUGUCCAUUAUCCCACAGGAACCAGUACUUUUCAGUGGCACUGUCAGGUCUAAUCUUGACCCAUUUAACCAGUAUUCUGAAGCUCAGAUCUGGGAUGCUCUGGAGAGGACACACAUGAAGGAGUGUGUGUCUCAGCUCCCAUUAAAGCUGGAGUCUGAGGUGGUGGAGAACGGAGAGAACUUUUCGGUGGGUGAGAGACAGCUUAUGUGUGUAGCCAGAGCGCUGCUGAGACAGUGCAAGGUAUUGAUCCUGGAUGAAGCCACUGCUGCUAUGGACACAGAGACAGACUCUCUGAUCCAGGAAACAAUCCGUAACUCAUUCCAGGACUGCACCACAGUGACCAUCGCACACAGACUGCACACUGUACUCAGCUGUGACCGCAUCAUGGUGCUGAAUCAGGGACAGGUGGUGGAAUUCGACGAGCCAUCUCAACUCCUGGCCAAUGAGAACUCUCGAUUCGGCGCCAUGCUCGCUGCUGUGGAGAAUAAGAUUUCUGUUCGAGGCUGAAAAACAAGCACGCGCUUGUUGGGAUCUUGAUCAUCCUCGACUGAACAAUUUAGCCAUCGGUGCUUCAGUGUCACCCGCUGCUGCAGAUAUUUGGAGCAGGGUUAUCUCUGGAGAGCGGGAAUAUUGUGUCUCCAUGGAGACUAAAUUAUGGACAUUUGCUGUUCAAAUGUAUUAAACUUGAGCUGAAAUGGUCUGGUCACCAGAUAUAGUACUGAUAUUUUCAUUCUAUGUAAGCAGGAUUUGUUUUUUAUGUAGUUUCAUUGAUGUAAGCUGGUGUUCCAUACAGUGUAAAUGUACGUCUACUCCAGGAGGAGAUAUUUACACUGGGAGGAGUGGAUGUUCACUUACUCGGUUCACAUAUUUCAUAUACACGUGACUAUAAUCAUGUUGAGUAUAUUUAUUUUUGCCAUCUAUGUGUGACGUCUCGUGAAUUGACAGCGCUGUGUAAGCCAGUCUGAGUGCUGCUUGGCUGGAUUCUGGUUUCCCACCAGAGCCCUUUAACAGUUUCCACUGUUCUUAUUUAGUUAGUUUGGUUUUUUUUCUGUCAGUAGUUUCUUUCAAUCUGCUGAUCUGUUGUUUUAAAACUGUCUGGUGGUCUCAGAUUGUUUUUACGUUUAUGAAGCACGGUCUGCUUCUCUAAUGGACCAGUUCAUUUCUGUUUGGAUCAGGGUGGGUCUAUCACACUGAUACAGUGAUUGUUCAUCAGGAUCAGGUAAAGGUCAUCAUGUUCUGGAUGAAGCUGAAUCUGAUUGUCUAUCUGCCUGCUCAGCAGGACAUGCACAACAUCCGUCCAUGCGUCCGUCUGUUGGACUUUCCAAAGCCUUAACAUUGUUACUUGCCUUGUGAAGGCACUGAGAUGAUUGGUGGAAGAAAAAAAAACUUUUGUCAUGUUAAUAAAAUUAUUUUAGGUGUAA